AUGGCGGAAACGCUUCUUCGAUAUUGCGAAAAGGACGCCAUCAAUCAUCUCAAUACCAACAGCUCAAAGGUGCGGCUUUUAAGACAGUAUAGCGACAACCGACAUGUUUUUCGCAGAGAGACUAUCUCUUUUGUGGAUUCUUCUGAUGUUAUUGGUAGAAAUGAGGAUAAAGAAAACAUAAUUAGUAUGUUGAUGAAACCAAGUGAGGAUCGAAAUGCCCCUGUCAUUCCCAUUGUUGGACUUGGGGGUUUAGGAAAAACCACGCUUGCGCAAUUGUCUGUAAAUGAAGAAGUAAAAUGUGAUGCUCUAACACUUGAAGCCUUGCAAGCUCGUUUGAGAAGCCUUUUUAAUGAUAAGAAGUUCUUGCUCGUCUCGGAUAACGUGUGGAAUGAAAAUCAAGCAAAAUGGGUUGAGUUAAGAAAUUUGUUGAGAUCAAUAGAUGGCUUGUCUCAAAGGAAAACUAUCUUGACUACUCGGAGUUUGAAGGUUGCCUCAAUAAUGAGUUCGAUUUGCCCUUAUGAAUUGAAAGGUCUCCCUCUUGAAGACUGUUUGACAUUGUUUAUAAAAUGGGCUUUUAAUGAUGAUGAGAGACAUUAUCCAAAUCUCAUUAGAAUCGGGGAGGAGAUUGUGAAAAAAUGCAAAGGGGUUUCUUUGGUUGUAAGAACAUUGGGAAGCAUACUGUUUCAGAAAACUAAUGAAUCUGAUUGGAUCUUUAUAAGAGAGAGUGAAAUGUGGAGACUUGAGCAAGAUGAAAACGAUAUUUUAUCAGGGUUGAAGUUGAGUUACAAUCAUUUGCCAUCUCAUUUGCAACGAUGUCUUGCUUUUUUGUCCUUGUACAAAAAGGAUGAGAUCUAUUUGAGUGACAAAAUCAUCCAUCUUUGGAUGGCAAAUGGACUCCUUGAGCAUCCGAAGCAAAAUCAAGAGUGGGAAGAUGUUCGCAAAUAA